CCGAAUUCAGCAUUCAUUUCAGUAGCCUGCCGCCCUUUCCGGCGCUCGGACCGAAGUUUGUUUUAUUAUUUACUGAAUUUAUUUAUUUUUCGCGUUGCCGCCAGCUGGGCCCGGUCUUCUAUCGCGAUUUUCUCACGUUCGCCAACUUGGGGCUUUGUUGAAUGUAAACAAUAUUGAAACAAAUUUUCUUUAGCGGGAGUACAAAAUGCAGUCGGUAAAGACGGCAGAUUUGCCGGAAAAUCCCCGGGAAACAUCAAAUUUUAUUUCGGCAGCAUGCUUCUGGUACACCAUGCCCACUUUUAUUAAGGGUCGGAAGGACACAUUGGAUACCAAGGAUCUGUAUAGAGCCUUAAAGGAACACAAGUCGGAGACCCUGGGCAACAAAUUGUGCGCCUCCUGGGAGCUGGAACUCGAGAAGACCAAAGGAAAACCCAAUCUGUUAAGGGCUCUUUUGCGGGUAUUUGGCUGGUACUUCGCCCUCUUGGGUCUGGUGCUCUUCCUGCUGGAAUUGGGCCUCCGAACGCUGCAACCGAUCUUCCUGCUGAAACUCAUCUCCUACUAUUCACAUGGCUCGGAAUCCAUUGAAGCGGCCUACUACUAUGCUGGUGGAGUCAUCGUGUGCAGUGCCCUCAAUGUCAUCAUCAUGCAUCCCUAUAUGCUGGGCACAAUGCAUGUGGGUCUUAAGAUGCGCGUUGGCUUGUGCAGCAUGAUCUACCGCAAAGCCCUGCGUCUCAGCAAAUCGGCUCUGGGUGACACUACGGCUGGGCAUGUGGUCAACCUUAUGUCCAACGACGUGGGUCGUCUGGAUCUGGCCACCAUUUUCGUGCACUACCUGUGGGUGGGACCGCUGGAGACCCUCUUCAUCACAUACCUUAUGUACCGAGAGAUUGGAAUCGCUGCCGUGUUUGGUGUGGCCUUCAUGCUGCUCUUCAUCCCCCUGCAAGCGUAUCUGGGUAAGAAGACCUCGGUCCUGCGACUUAGAACCGCUCUGCGGACGGACGAGAGGGUGCGGAUGAUGAACGAGAUCAUCUCGGGCAUCCAGGUGAUCAAGAUGUACGCUUGGGAACUGCCCUUCGAGCAUAUGGUGGCCUAUGCCCGCAAGAAGGAGAUCAAUGCCAUCCGGCAUGUGUCCUACAUUCGGGGAAUCCUGCUCUCCUUCAUCAUCUUUCUGACGCGAGUCUCUAUUUUCCUGAGUCUGGUGGGCUAUGUGCUGCUCGGGACGUUCCUCACCCCCGAAGUGGCCUUCUUGAUUACGGCCUAUUACAACAUUUUGCGCACCACGAUGACGGUGUUCUUCCCCCAGGGCAUCUCCCAGAUGGCGGAGACCCUGGUGUCCAUUAAGCGCGUGGAGAAGUACAUGCAAUCCGAUGAGACGGAUGUAUCGGACAAGAGUGUGGAUCUUCCAGAGGAUCCGCCAGGCAGCAAUCAGGCGACUGUCCAUGCAGAUGGCGAUGAGGAUCACGACGAAGCCGAGGAUAAGCUUUUGGGUCCAUCACUCUCCACCAUUAAUGAGAACGCCAAGCUGUCGGAGGCGGGCAUCUCCAUCAGCGGUCUGAUGGCCAAGUGGGACAUCAACUCCCCCGACUACUCACUCAAUGGAGUUAACCUUCGAGUUCAGCCUGGCACAAUGUUGGGCAUUGUUGGACGCACUGGAUCCGGUAAAUCCAGCCUCAUUCAGGCCAUUCUGGGUGAGCUGCCCGCAGAGUCGGGCGAGAUAAAGGUUAAUGGCACCAUGUCGUAUGCCUCCCAGGAGCCGUGGCUCUUUUCCGGCACCGUGCGUCAAAACAUCCUCUUUGGCCAGCCCAUGGAUCGCCGGCGUUACGCCAAGGUGGUGAAGAAAUGUGCCUUGGAGCGGGAUUUCGAGCUGCUUCCCUUCAAGGACAAAACGAUUGUGGGAGAGCGCGGAGCUUCGCUAUCGGGUGGCCAGAAAGCGAGGAUCAGUCUGGCGAGAGCUGUUUACCGGGAGACGGCCAUCUACUUGCUGGACGAUCCACUCAGUGCGGUGGACACCCAUGUGGCCCGGCAUCUCUUCGAGCAAUGCAUGCGUGGCUACCUGCGGGAGCGGAUCGUCAUCUUGGCCACCCAUCAGCUGCAGUUCCUGCAGCACGCCGAUCAGAUUGUGAUCAUGGACAAGGGUUAUGUGAGUGCCGUGGGCACAUACGAAUCGCUGCGAGAGUCUGGACUGGACUUUGCCUCCAUGCUGGCCGAUCCGGAGCGGGAUGAGCAAUCUGAGGAGCGAUCUCGCUCGCGAUCCGGCAGCUACACUCACAGCCAUUCGGACCAGCGACGCAACAGCGAGCAGUCCCUGCUGUCCAUGGCGGAGUCGUGCCUGGAUGCGGAGGCGGAGCAGACCAUUAACCAGGAGCGCCAGGUGGAGGGUCGAAUCGGACUGGGUCUGUACAGCAAGUAUUUCAAGGCGGGCGGUGGAUUCUUCGCCUUCUUCGUCAUGAUGGGCUUCUGUGUGCUCUCGCAAGGAUUGGCCUCGCUGGGCGACUACUUUCUCUCGUAUUGGGUAACCAAAAAGGGCAAAGUGGCUGAUCAGGCGGUGACUAAUGACACAAACCACUCGAAGGAACUGGAGCCCCGCCUUUCCAUAUGGCUGCAGGAACUGGGAUGGUCCGUGGACGCUGAAAUGCUGGACACUUACAUAUUCACGGUGAUCACGGUACUGACCAUUGUGGUGACCGUGGCGCGCUCCUUUCUGUUCUUCAAUCUGGCCAUGAAAGCCUCUAUUAGCCUGCACAACUCCAUGUUUCGAGGCAUCUCCCGAGCGGCCAUGUACUUCUUCAACACGAAUCCAUCUGGCCGCAUCCUGAACCGAUUCUCCAAGGACAUGGGUCAGGUGGACGAGAUACUGCCCGCUGUGAUGAUGGAUGUCAUACAGAUCUUCCUAGCGCUGGCUGGCAUUGUGAUCGUCGUAGCGAUUGUCAAUCCGCUGUUCCUCAUCCCAACCGUAGCGCUGGGCAUCAUUUUCUAUCAACUGCGUACUUUCUACUUGAAGACCUCAAGGGAUAUAAAGCGCAUGGAAGCAAUAACUCGCUCUCCAGUAUACUCGCAUUUGGCCGCCUCGUUAACUGGUCUGUCCACCAUCCGUGCCUUUGGAGCUCAGCGUGUUUUGGAGUCUGAAUUCGACAACUACCAAGACAUGCAUAGCUCCGCAUUUUACAUGUUCAUUAGCACUUCCCGUGCCUUUGGCUAUUGGCUAGACUGUUUCUGUGUGAUUUACAUAGCCAUCAUUACACUCAGCUUCUUCAUCUUUCCUCCGGCCAACGGAGGCGAUGUGGGUCUGGCCAUAACCCAGGCAAUGGGAAUGACCGGCAUGGUGCAGUGGGGCAUGCGACAGUCCGCCGAGCUGGAGAACACAAUGACGGCCGUGGAGCGGGUGGUUGAGUACGAGGACAUUGAGCCAGAAGGAGCCCUAGAGGCGCCGGCUGAUAAGAAGCCACCCAAAUCUUGGCCAGAGAAGGGCAAAAUCGUGUUCGAUGAGCUGAGCCUGCGCUAUACGCCCGAUCCGAAGUCGGAGAAUGUGCUCAAGUCACUCAGCUUUGUCAUCAAGCCAAAGGAAAAGGUGGGCAUCGUGGGACGCACUGGGGCGGGCAAGUCCUCGCUGAUCAACGCCCUCUUCCGGCUGUCCUACAACGACGGAUCCGUGCUUAUAGACAAGAGGGACACGAACGAGAUGGGCUUGCACGACCUGCGGAGCAAGAUCUCGAUCAUCCCCCAGGAACCCGUCCUCUUCUCCGGCACAAUGCGGUACAACUUGGACCCCUUCGACGAGUACAGCGACGAGAAGCUGUGGCGCUCCCUGGAGGAGGUCAAGCUGAAGGAGGUGGUGGCGGAUCUGCCCAGUGGCCUGCAGAGCAAGAUCACCGAGGGCGGCACCAAUUUCAGCGUGGGUCAGCGCCAGUUGGUCUGCCUGGCACGGGCCAUUCUCCGCGAGAAUCGCAUCCUGGUGAUGGACGAGGCCACGGCCAACGUGGAUCCCCAGACGGACGGCCUUAUCCAGACCACGAUUCGCAACAAGUUCAAGGAGUGCACCGUGCUGACGAUAGCCCAUCGCCUGCACACCAUCAUGGACUCCGACAAGGUGCUGGUCAUGGAUGCCGGACGAGCUGUGGAGUUUGGGUCGCCCUAUGAGCUACUCACACUGACGGAUACCAAGGUGUUCCACGGCAUGGUCAAGCAGACGGGUCAUGCCACCUACGAGGGUCUGCUGAAAAUCGCACAAAAGGCAUUUGAAAGCGCCCAGAAUCGCAGUCUUUCCUCAUGAGACUCUGCUAUUAUGUGAACUAUUUCUUGUGAACUAAGCCGAAACUUUAGCUGGGUAUAUUUAGUUUAACUAAUGUACAUUUUAUUUGAAUGUGGUAUUUCGUGUGAAUGUAAAUAUGUUUGUUUCGUGUGCAUGUUGAAUACUUUAUAUAACUCAAAAACUGUAUAAGAAUCCGUUGUCUAAUUUUCUAUUUGUAUUUAUUUAACUUUCACUAAGUGCAAAGAAGUGCCUUUAAAAAUAAAUGAAAUAUUUUCUGUGUUUA